AUGGGACUGCUUCCUUACGUUGAGGGCUAUCGUGCUGGCUACAAGGCUGCGAUCAAGGCGGACGGACCAGGAGGAUCUGGAUACGAUGCUGCUUACCGCACCGGCAUGCAGGCGGGCAUGCUUUCAGUGCAGAACAAGCUGUCGUUCCUCGACUCCAUGAAGAGAGCGAAGCUAGCUUAUAACGCGGCAGCUGGGGUGGGGGCCUAA